AUGCUGCCUCCGACAACUCACCAAAUCCCACACUCCCUCCCCCUCACCCUCGUCGUCGCCACGACCCCCAUUCGCGUCGCGUCCUCCACGUCCAAUGAUGCAUCCACUCGCUUGGGAAUUGGGCUUAAGGGGACCCUACCUUGGCCGCGCAUAAAAGCCGACAUGUCCUUCUUUGCGCGCACGACUUCCCGCGCACCAGCAGCAGGCACGACGAACGCGAUCAUCAUGGGCCGCAAGACGUAUGACUCGGUUCCGAAGCACUUGCGCCCGCUGGGUAAGCGGAUUAGCGUCAUAGUGACUCGCGAUACUUCUGGCUCCGUGCGGGAGGGUGUGUUGAAAGAACUUGAGGCGCGCAAAAUGAAGAUGGCUGAGACGGCAAAGGCUAAGGCACAGGCUGCCGCUGCUGAAGGGAAGGAAGUUGAGCAGAACGGGUCUACUGAUGAGCCUAUAACCGAUGCGCUGGUAACACACAGCCUGGACUCCGCGUUAUCUGAAUUGGACGCUGUGUAUGGCGCGUCUGGACGCCUGGGGAAGAUUUAUAUCAUCGGCGGGGCAGAGAUCUAUGGUGCUGCGCUGCGCAUGAAGGCGGUUGCAGAUGCUACGCAAACGAAGCGGCCGGUGCGGAUUGUCAUGACAAAUAUCGUGCGGAAAGCGGAGGGCGAGGGUGCCAAAAAUGAGUUCGAGUGUGAUACGUUUUUCCCUGUGCAAGGGCUUACACCUGAAGAUGGGUGGAGGACUGCGAGCCCUGCGGAGGUGUCCGAGUGGGUUGGGGAAACCGUGACUGGGGAGUGGAUCCAGGAGGGAGAGGUUGAGGUGCAGAUGGUUGGAUAUGAAAGAUUGGACUAA